UCUAGUUUUCACAUUUGCUUGCCUGUGCGAUAAUCAUGAAUUCCGUGUGGAGCGCAGUGUUUUUGAUCAAUCAAUCAAUAAGAGCAGCGAACCGCUCAACCUAAAAGCGAAAAAUAAAAACGCAGAUAUCCAGAUUAACAACUCUCAUAAUAACGAAGAAGAGGAAGAUUUGCAAGACAAAAUUCGGAUUCAGGCCGAAUUACAAGAUCUCCUAACGGAAAAUCUAGAUGAUUUUAAAUAUGAUGAUGAAGAAAGUACUGUGAAUUCAUCUACAAAUAUUUCCCUGGUUGAUGAGGAUUCACAGAAAUACAAACAGGCUUUAACCCCUAAUGAUCAGUUGAAGGUUCUCUAUGAUGUGGAAAAAAGGAAAAACUUUGCUUUGAAGGAAGCAUUUGACAAAUACAAAGAUGAAAAAGAAAAAGAAAUCAAUUUACUUCGAAAUCAGUUGCUUUUGUCUGAACAGGAGAGAAGACAAUGUCAAGUAUCAUCAAAAAAUUCUCAAGAUCUGUUAGUUGAAAAGACUAAUACAAUAAAAAACCUGGAAAAUAUGUUGCAAAAGCAAGAAAUAGAAAUGCAAGGGCUAAAACAAAUAAUAAAAAAUCAUGAAACUGAUAUAAAUGUGUAUAAAGAGCAAAUCACAGAACUAGAAAUGAAGUUGCAAAGUCAAAAUGGUCCAUUUAAUCUCAAUUUUAAGUACAACUCGGAAGAACUACAAAAAUCAUUGCAAAAUAAAAUAUCACAAUUAGAAAUUUCAUUGGAAAAACAAGAUAGAAGCAUUCAAAUUUUAGAAGCUGAAAAACAACACCUAAAGGAAGAAUUGGGUAUUAUAAUUAGGGAAAGGGAUCAAUUGCAGCAUGAUAAUGCAAUUAUAUUAACAAACUGUGAUGAGGCACAACAGCAAUGUCAAGAUCUUUUGAAUGUGAUUGAAAUGGCGAAGAGAGAACAUGAUCACUUAAAAGAAUCAUUGGAGCACUCGGGACAUCACAGCAGGAGUUUUGACUUUAGCAAAAUAGAAUCACAGGAUCCCACAACCCUUGCAAAACAUCUUGAAAAAUUGAAGAAAAUGUUAGUUGAUAAAUCAUAUGAAAUUGACAGUUUGAACGCUAAGCAAAAACACUAUGAAAAAGAUCUUCAAGAAUUGUUAACUUACCGGCAGUUAAAAUGCGAUAUGUAUAAAAAGGAAUUUGAGCACUGCAAUAACUCGAGCCAUACGAGAGAUUUUCUGCUAAUGCAAAAUGAUCUUCAAAAUUACCAAAGAACAAUUGAUGACAGGGAUCAGCAAAUUUUGAAUCUCAAUUCGAUGAAUAAAGAUCUGCAGGAGAAAAUCAAAAACAUGAUCCAGCAGACACGCAAUGAGAUACAAAAUUUUUCCCACAAAUACAGUAUGCCCCAACUAACAAGCAUGAGCGAAGAAUUAACAAAAGCGACAGAGACAAACAGAGAACUAAAUAAAAAACUACUUGAAUCUGAAGAAAAACGCCAUUCAUUAUUGCAAGAGCUAACUAGUAAAAUCACAAGCAAUGAAAAUGAAUCAAGAGAAAUCACUCAAUUGCUGGAAAAUGAAAAGGAAAAAAAUAUGAAGCUUUCAGAAGAAUUAAAAGAAUAUAAAGACUGUGUCAGCAAGCUAAGUGGAGAAGUAAGCGAAUUAAAAGUACACAAUGAAAAUCUUAAAUCUAUAACCCCAAAAAAAACUACCGGAGAUUCAAAUUUGAAGACGGAAUAUGAUCAGCUCAAAAGUCAGCUCAGUCAAGUGUUGCAAUACAUACAGAAGAACAAAUCUGAGGAAAAUUGUUCAGAUUUGGCAGAAAGCAUAAAAUCAGAAAUGGAUGAUUUUUUAAAUCAAUCAGAUGAGCGCAUUGAAAAGGGUAUUCUGGAAGAAAAAAUAAUUAGCUGGAAGAAAUUGUUAGAUAAUAUUAAGGAAGAUAAAGCUUUGAAGCGUCAGCAAAAGGAAGUGGUAACAAAUUUGCAGCAGUCUCAAGAAAGAAUAAAGGAGCUUGAAGAUUUGCUUCAGGACAUGAAAAAUGCUGCUACUAUAGCGGAAGGUGAAAAGUGCAGUAUCAAAUUUGAGUUGAGAAAUUGUGUUAAGCAGCUGCAAGAGAGUCAGAAUUUAUGCAAAAAUUUAGAACUCCAACUUCAGCAGAAAGAAGAUAAUAUAACAGUUUCCCAAGAACUAGAAAAUCUAAAAACCAAAUUGGAACUUUUACAGAAGGAUAAUGUGGCCAAAGAAAACUGUCUUAAAGUGAGUGAGCAAGCAAAAAAUGAAUUGAAUAAUUUAAUUGAUAAAAUGAGAGGUGAAUUGGAGCAUGUGACGAAGGAAAAAUUAAAAUUAGAAAAUAUGGUUGCCAACAGAUCUCUAGAUAAGGAAUUACAGGGUGUCCAUCAUGGCCUUGAAGAGAGACCAGGUUCAGAAAAAAAAAUUGAGCUUCAAGCUGAAUUAAUCAAAUGUGAGCUGAAAUUAAAGGAUGAGCUUCAAAUAGAAUAUCAAAAAAGGAUUAGGGAUAUUGAACGGCAAUACCAACAAUCCUAUCACGAGAAAAUGGAAUUGUGCAAGCGGCAGGCAGAGCAAUUGCAUGAGCAGGAUCAGAGAUAUAGGGAACAUCUUAAACUGGUGAUGUCGGAAUGCUCAAAAUGUACUCAAGAAUUGGAAAAUGAGAAACUCGAAAUUGUUGAGAGAUUAAAUUUACUACAAGAUAAGUUUGAAAAGUAUAAACAAAGUGUUGUGUCAAAUGAAGAGAAAUAUUACGGUCUGUUGAUGAAAAUGGAGCAGGACACUGUAAAAAACGUCAAUGCUUGGAAGAAAUGGUCCAAGCAAGUCGUAAGCAGCUGUUUGAACAUUGAUGAACUGAAUAAAAAGACUACAGAUAAAAUACUAACUGAUAUGAAAUCCUAUGAUGCCGAGGUUACCAAUAUUGAAAAAUUAUACAACGACAAAAUUAAGAAAAAGCAAGCCAAAUAAGUUAUGUAUUUAAGAGCAACCAUCUUUAUAAUGUAUUUAAUAAAAGUUUUUC